GCGGCCGGGCGGCGAGGACCGCGCCAGGAUGGUGCUGGACAGCGUGGCGCGCAUCGUCAAGGUGCAGCUGCCCGCCUACCUGCGGCGGCUGCCCGUGCCCGACAGCGUCGCCGGCUUCGCGCGCCUCACAGUUGCAGAAUGGCUCCGGCUAUUGCCUUUUCUUGGUGUGUUGGCACUGCUCGGCUACCUGGCCGUCCGGCCAUUCCUCCCCAAAAAGAAGCAGCAGAAGGACAGCUUGAUCAACCUUAAAAUCCAGAAAGAAAACCCUAAAGUUGUCAAUGAGAUCAACAUCGAAGACCUGUGUCUCACCAAGGCAGCAUAUUGUCGCUGCUGGCGCUCCAAGACGUUUCCUGCCUGUGAUGGGUCUCACAACAAGCACAAUGAGCUGACAGGCGAUAACGUGGGCCCGCUGAUCCUGAAGAAAAAGGAAGUGUAGCCAAGUUGUCCCACGGAACUGUGCACCAGGGCAGGCUCCUUCCACAUGUCCAGGAAAAAUUUCCCAUGACAGUCUUGAUCAUUGCUGCUGGCUAGUAAUUAAUUAUGCCUCUUCAUUUUCUUUCUGCACUACCAUUUAUAUUUGAUAAUUUGUAUAGUCAAGAAGUCCUUAAUAGAGGAAUUAAAUUGUAUACUCCUUUUAUUCCCACACCCAAGAAUUAGCAAAUAGUCUUGCAAUAAAACCAACAGAUCCAAAGCAGUUU